CUUAAGUGUUCUGAGCCUUGGAAAAAAAAUCAUUUGUUUCCCCCAUGUUCUGAGACUACAGAUAAUAGAAAAGGAGGAUUUGCAGACAGGAAUAUCAAAUCAAAUCUCACGUCUGACAGAGUCAACUGGUUGAUUGGGAUCUGAAGAUUUGUACAUCUGAAGGGAUUUAAUUGACCGUCUCAGCUGGAAACUGGUGAGGGGCCGUUCACCCGCUCCUCCUGUGUGAAGGGAUUGAUACAGUUGGUAAACAUGCUGACACGACAGCGAGCUCACAAUAGUGAGAGACUGUUCACCUGCUCUGUGUGUGGGAAGAAAUUCAUGUGUUCAUCCAACCUGCUGGCACACCAACUCGAUCACAUUGGUGAGAAGCCUCUUCAGUGCUCUGACUCUGGGAAAAGCUUUGAAACCUCUGAGGAACUGGUCCAACAGCAGCAAGUUCACACUGACGAGAGACUGUUCAGCUGCUCCCACUGUGGGAAGAGGUUCAGGCUGUCCUCCUGCCUCGCAGAGCACCAGCUCCUUCACACUCAUGAGAGGCCAUUCAGCUGCUCUCACUGUGGGGAGUCGUUCAGUGAGUCAGGGCAUCUCACUGAGCACCAGCAAGUUCACACCAAGGACAGGCCAUUCAGCUGCUUCCAGUGUGGGAAGGCAUUCACUCAGUUUUCAAGCUACACUAAGCACCAACUGGUUCACUCAGAUGAGAGACCUUUUAAAUGCUCUGAGUGUGAGAAAACCUUUAAAAGAAGCAUUGAUCUGCUGAGGCACCAGUGCAUUCACACUGGGGAGAGACCAUUCCCCUGCUCUGUGUGUGGAAAAAGAUUCAUUCAUUCUUUCCACCUUCUGACACAUAAGCGUGGUCACACUGGGGAGAGACCAUUCAUCUGCUCCGUGUGUGGGAAGGGUUUCAUUCGGUCAUCCAGCCUUCUGAUGCACCAACGGAUUCACACCGGAGAGAGACCAUUCACCUGCUCCAUAUGUGGCAAGGGAUUCACUCGUUCAAACCAACUUCUGAUACACAAGCGAAUUCAUACUGGAGAGAGACCGUUCACCUGCUCUGCGUGUGGGAAAAGAUUCACUCAGUCAGCCAACCUGCGGACACAUCAGUCGGUUCACACUGGGGAGAGGCCGUUCAUCUGCUCCGUGUGUGGCAAGAGUUUUUCUCGUUUGUCCUACCUUGAGGUACAUGAGCGAGUUCACACCGGUGUGAGGCCGUUCACCUGCUCCACGUGUGGGAAGAGAUUCGCUCAUUCAUCCCUUCUGGUGAGACACCAGCGCAGUCACACUGGAGAGAGGCCAUUCACCUGCUCUGUGUGUGGGAAGGGAUUCACUUGUUCAUCUUAUCUGGUGAGACACCAGCGCAUUCACACUAGGGAGAGGCCGUUCACCUGCUCCUUGUGUGGGAAGGGAUUCACUGAUUCAACCCACCUGCUGAGACACCACCGCAUUCAUAUGGGGUUGAGGCCGUUCUCCUGUUCUGUGUGUGAGAAGGGAUUCACUAAUUCAUCCAACCUGCUGAGACACCAACGCAUUCACACUGGGGAGAGGCCAUUCACCUGCUCCUUGUGUGAGAAGAGAUUUACUCGGUCAUCUGACCUGCUGAGACAUAAGCGAGUUCACAAGUUACCAGAAAAGUUGGAUUCAGUUGUUGAUGCUGAGAAUCACGUCCAGAACUGAACCUUUUCUCCUUUCUAACUCUAGAUUAUUUCAGUUCUCAUACCUUCAGUUAUUCUCAUGGACAAGUCCCAGCUCCCUGUGCCUCCUAGAGUGUCUCAACUUUUUACGAUUUACAUCAAUGACUUAGAUGAGCAUGGCAUUAACCUGAAGACUAAACUCAGACUCUCCCAGGCCAUUGUCCUUACCACCCUGCUAUAUGGAGCAGAAUCCUGGGUCUGCUAUCAGAGCCACAUCAAAGCUCUGGAAUGCUUCCACCAAAGACACCUGAGGUCCAUCAUGAGAAUUCGAUGGCAGGACAAAAUCACAAAACAAAGAGGUCUCCAUCGUGCUGGGCUCAACAGCACAGAGACCACCCUCCAGAAAAUUCCACUUGUUCCCCACAUGGAUGAUGACAGAAUUCCCAAGCAGAUCAUCAAUGGGGAACUCAGGGUAAACAACAUCAAGGUGGUCAGUAUAAAUGAUACAAGGACACGCUAAAAAAGAGCCUUACAAACUUGUGCAUUGCAGACCACCUCUCUGGGGAAAACACUGCAGCCGACCGGCCCAUGUGAAGGCAAACACUGAAAUUUGGUUCAGCAUGUUUCAAGGACCAUCUACACCAGACUUGCAACAUCUGAUGUGCCCAGAGGAAGACCAGAGGUGGAGCAGCUGCAGAAGUUCCCCCGGCACCAACAACAACAGCAUGAACUACCAGUUUUGUGGGUGUCCAUGUCGAUCCCAUAUUGGACUCUUCAGUCAAGAGAGGAGCCACAGAAAAUGAUGUAAUCAUUUACAGCUUGGACAUACUCGAACAGCGAGGUGUCUACCCCAACAUUAUCCCUGUUCU